GGACGGUUCAGUAAAAGGGGGGAUUGAAAAAAAAAAAACUUCUUGACAAGCGAGAGUUUCAUACAAAAGGUCUCAUGGCUCAUCAAGCUCAAGAGAUACAGCUAGCUAGGGAUUUGGUGGGACAAGGUCAAGCUGAUGGUAAUGAGAAUCCUAAUGUGGCUGCUGAAGUUGGGAAUGCAAACAGAGUGAGUGUUGUAAUGGUGUCAUUAGAUGACACUGGUCCUUGUAUUCGGCUAAUCUGGUCUAUUGGUGCUCUUAUGCUCUAUAUAGCAAUUGGAUUGAGUGUGUACUUGACAAGUCACAAUUUCAAUCGCAGUUACACAAAACAUUUUGUAGAUGGCAUUUACUUCAUAAUGGUAACACUAUCUACAAACGGAUAUGGAGAUAUCACACCAAAAAAUACAAGUAUGAAGGUCUUUACAAGUUUUUAUACAUUGCUGGGUUUUUGGAUCUAUGGUCCUCUCGUCGAAAAGACGAUGGAAUAUAUUUGUUAUAAAUUGGAGGCGGCAUUGUGCAGAAUAAUACAAAAAUACAAAUGCUUAUUGAUAUUCAUAUGCAUGGUGGACAUACACGAAGUAAGAUUCAGGACACGAUUCAGGAUUUGCAUGGCUUUAGGGAUUAUCAUUCUCUGGAUUGCUAUAGGACUAAUUGGAGUGCAUUAUUUUGAGCACAAGAAUUUGGUCGAUAGUUUCUAUCUCACCAUGGUAUCUAUCUCCACAGUUGGAUAUGGAGAUUUAUCGUUCCAAACACUAAACGGAAGAUGCUUCGCAUUUAUUUGGCUAUUUGGAUGCAUACUGAUAGUAAGGAGAACAUUUAAUUACCUCAUUGGCAGUGGUAUAGAUUGGCUCACUACUAACACUAGGAGGAUCACAAUACCAAGACAAGUAUUGGAGGCUGACAUUGAUAUGGACAAAUCGAUCUGUAAAGCUGAGUUUAUCUUACAAAUUCUAAAGCAAAGGGGAAGUGUAACGACGGAGCAAAACAUUCAAGAAAUAAGCCAAAUCUUCAAUUCCUUAGACAGUCGCAAUGGCAAACUCAGUUUAGAAGCUCUUGCUGCCUAUCUUGCUGCCCAGCCAAGAGAUGUCUAGUAGAAGUACAGGAAAAUGCAUUUUCCUCUAGACGUUUUUAUCUACUCUAUCU